CCGGCGGCGCUCCGGCCCCGGGCCGGCGUUUCGGGAGCCGCCGUGCCACGCUGCCGGCCGCGGACUGACCGACCGACCGGCCGGCCGACCGACGGGAGUGCGGGCUGGGCGCGUCGCGGAGCCGAGGCGCUGCCGAGGUGGCCCGAGGCGACGGGAGGCUGCGAGAGGCGCCGCGCCGCCGCCCGGGAGCGAUGCUCAUGGAGCGGAUGGCCUGUGGUACCUUCCUCUGCUUCAGCGCGGAAUGGCUCAUCGGCUGAUGUGGGAGCACUUUCUUGCUGACAGCUGUGUGAGAGGAAGCUGUUACAACUGAUAUUACAUGAAGUGUCAGCUACAACGUGUCUCUCCAGAAAGAAUCCACAAUGAAAAAAACAACCCACAGUUGCUUCUUACUGAUUAUUCUUCUAAUUAGAAUGGUUCCAAGUCUUACUUCUACUGUAAAUUACACUGAUCCUACAUUAGAGCCUGUUGUAACUGAAAAUUCAGUCAUACGACAGAAGAUAAUAGAUUCGCAGUUCAAGUGCUAUGAGAGGAUGAACAGAGCUCCUCCAUAUAGGAAAAAAGGUCUGUUCUGUAACCGAACCUGGGAUGGAUGGUUGUGCUGGGAUGACACACCUGCUGGAAGAAUCACUGCUCAGAAUUGUCCAGAUUAUUUUCCAGACUUUGAUCCAACUGAAAGGGCUUCAAAAUAUUGUGAUGAAACUGGAAACUGGUUCCGACAUCCUGAGAGCAAUCGAACUUGGUCCAACUAUACUCUGUGCAACUCUUUCACGUCUGAAAAACUGAAGAUGGCGUUCAUACUUUAUUAUAUGGCAAUUGUUGGCCAUGCUUUGUCUAUAACAUCCCUGUUGAUUUCCUUGGCGAUUUUCUUCUAUUUCAAGAGCCUCAGCUGUCAAAGGAUAACGCUGCACAAGAAUUUGUUUUUUUCUUAUGUGCUGAACUCCAUGUUUACAAUUGCCCACCUCAUUGCUGUUGUGCCUAAUCCAGGCCUUGUAAAAAGGGACCCUGUAAGCUGCAAAGUGCUGCAGUUCUUUCACCAGUACAUGUUGGGUUGCAACUACUUCUGGAUGCUCUGCGAAGGCAUUUAUCUUCACACUUUAAUUGUGGUGGCAGUGUUUGCUGAAGAGCAGCGUUUGCACUGGUAUUACCUCUUGGGCUGGGGGUUCCCUUUAGUGCCAGCAUCUAUUCAUGCCGUUGCAAGAGCCAAAUACUUCAAUGAUAACUGCUGGAUGAGUGUUGACACUCACUUGCUCUAUAUUGUUCAUGGACCUGUAAUGGCAGCUUUAUUGGUCAAUUUUUUCUUUUUGCUUAACAUUGUCCGAGUUUUGGUGACAAAGCUAAGAGAUACACAUCGUGCUGAGUCCAACAUGUAUAUGAAAGCUGUCAGAGCCACUUUAAUCCUGGUGCCCUUACUAGGAAUUCAGUUUGUUAUUAUUCCCUGGAGACCAGAAAAUCGACUUGCCGGAGAAAUAUAUGAUUACAUCAUGCAUAUAUUAAUGCAUUACCAGGGCUUGCUUGUUGCAACCAUAUUCUGCUUCUUCAAUGGUGAGGUACAAGGAGCUUUGAAAAGACAAUGGACACAGUAUAAAACCCAGUGGGGCCAAAGACGCCGAGAGCACUGUUCCACGCGAUCUACCUCCUACACGGCAACAUCAAUCACAGAGGUCCCCGUUUACUUGUACCAUCAUGAUUCCAACAACGAACAGUUAAAUGGAAAAUACAUAGAUGACUCUGAACUUGUUGCAUUAAAAUCUGGAGAGACAUCUGCCUAGCUCAGCAGCAACCAUUGCAAACUCAUCAUUUCACAUUCUGCUUGUGAACAAAGUGGGGAGAAGGGUGGAAGCGUGGAAAUCCAAGCCAUGGCGGGAGAGGGCAUGACCAGAUGACAAGACACAUUAUAUUCAAACCACAUCAGCCUUUGCCAGGGAUGACAUAGAGAGAGUCCGAUGCAGAGGUGGGAACAGCAGUCCAUCCUACGUGCUGCAGCAGGGAUUCAACAUGGAACUGCUCACCAGGCUACAUAAUUUCCGCACUUCCUGGUACCAGCCACAUGAAGUGACGAUACAACAGUAAUAACAGUGUCAGGUGGUCCAUAGCAAAUAGGAAAGAAAGAACCAGUACAUGACAUUUAGAAACUUUAAGCACUUUUUCUUUAGGUACUUUUCUUCAACCCUAGAUUUUGAACUAUCAACUUUCACAAGAAGUAACUGGCUUGGAAUCCUUUUCUUUUCCCCUUUUAAUGAGCUUGAUGACAUCUUAAAAAUUUUUGCACUUUGCAAGACAAAAAAGAAUCACACUGAAGUAUUCAAAUCUUGAUGCUUUCCAAAGGAUACCCAAAAUAUUACCAUCCCAUUAGCAGGUGCAUUCUACAAAUGAAGGUAAAUUAGUAGUCGCAUAACAAAUUCUCAGUCAUCAUUACAGAAACAUACCAGUUCUUUAAACUGCCUCACAAAAGUCCUGAAGACAUCUCAAAAUAGAAAAUAGUUUUUAUUUAACAUUUGGUAGUUCCUUAAGAGUAUCUGUUUAUAGGAAAAACUGUCACCCUAUUACUCUGCCCAGAAGUUUUAUCACUAAGGCACAAUUCUUUCACUCCAAAUAAAUGGUGAAAUUUGUUUGGAAAUGAUGAUUUUCUUUAAUAGCCAUUCUAAGACAAAUGCUAAAUGAGUGCUUGCCUCUAAUAAAAUUAUAGCUAUGGCAGUAAAGCAUUCCAGGUAAGAAAUAAGAAACUAAUGUCACAGCACAAGAAAUAUCUAUUUUUAGAAUCUGGGUGCUGCUGUGAGUCCCUGAUAGCUGAAGGUAACACUGUCAUGUGUGAGUCUGUCAUCAGGAAAACAUGGUGAAUGUACAGUCUUGCAAGUAACAAGCACCUUUUAUCACACAUUCAAAGUGUCUCUGUAUGAUUACUGAGGCAGAAAUGGGGCCAGGGAGAAGCUGAUUUGCAGUUAGAAGUUACAGUACUGUCACUGCACAAGUUCUGCAAAUCAGUAAAGGAAUAGAUGAAUGUCCCACAUAAAGCUAAAUGUUAAGAAUUUGCAAGCAGAAAGGCCAGUGCCAAGGAGGUUUUGCAUACCUGUGACUGCUAGAGAGUUUUGUUCAUAAAACUUUCAAUGAAUAUGUCAUUCUUUCCUGCAUCUCUCUGAAAGACUUUUCCUACAGCUCUCCUGCUCCUUUGCCCUUUUAGACAAGCAUGGGAUAUUUCGAAUGCUAGCAAUGUCAAGGUAUGCAUCACAGCCUUCACCUUUGAAGGAAGCUAGAAAGUUAUCCGUCCCCCUCUGUUUUCCCUGCUCAUCCAAUUGCAUUUGAUGCUUCAACCCCAGCCCAAACAGGGAAAUAUAGUGAUAGGAGAAGGCAGCUGCUAGAUAGCAGCCCUCAGCUGGGAGUUGCUAAAAUACCAAGCUAUAUGGCAGGUGAAUAAGAGGAGAAGGAAGGAAUAGGAAACUUAGCACUUAAGCUGUAAUUCAAUUAACAUGGGAAUUCUUUCAUGGGUGUAAACUUUUCUCUCUUUCCUUUACUUACUUGCUGAGAUUCUAUUCAUAAUGUUUUUUCUCCUUAGCACUGCAUAAGGUACUUAAAUUAGUUAGAAUAGUCUUAAAUUCAGAUCUUGUCAAAUAGCAAAAGAGAAAAGAAAAUCUGAAAUAAAAUGCUUGACCUAAAUUUAAACUUUAAAGAUUACAAAUAGAGGCCAUAAUCCUGCUGGUCAUGCUCUGUCAAAGAAGGGCUGCAGGACAGACUUUAUCUUCCACAGCAUAAACUGCUAAAGGAAAUCCUACCGUAAACCUUCAGAUUCCAUUAAAAUUAUCAGGUAAAUACCUGUUGACUUAAAUGAGUGUUGGACAACUCUCUUCAGAUUUUAGGUAUGACUUCUGCAAUACAGUUCAGUGUAAACCUUGAAAGCUGGGGACAAUUUCAUCCUUAGUGAUUUGGAACAAAUUUUAAAUACUGUGUUCAGCUGGGCUUAGUUUUUCCUUCACUGACACAGUUAAACCCUAAGCUUUUACCAGUCAUCAGUAAAUUUUAAAUGGCAGUCUGCUGUACAUAUCCACCUACAUAAGUCAUCAUCUAACUAGAAAAGUCCCUUUGAGGAACAAGCUUGUGAGGGAAAGGUGUAACCUGGUGUUAGCAGAGUGGAUUGAAUUCCCCCUCCAGGUACAGGAGGCAAUGCCUCAUGGUGAGGGCGUUUGUGCUGCAGAGGCACGUACCUCGCUGCUGCGCAUCACCGCAGCUUUCUUCCCAUUUUGGAGAGUGAGUUGCCAAUGCUGCGACAAUCGAACAAGAGUACGGAACAAGAACUAACUGCCCACGGAUGGUGCAAUUCACAGCAUGAUCAAUCUAGUGGAAAAUCUCAAGAAAACACGAUCCUGUGUACUCAUUCAAACCACACGCCUAUUUUUCAGGCUUCAAGGAAUAAGAAGGCAGUUAUUUUUUCAGACAACAGUAUUUUGCGUAUUGCUAUUUCUAUUUUCGCCAGUGAACAAUGGCAAAGGGAAGAUUUAGUAGCUAAAGACAAUAAGGCAGCUCUACUAUGAAUGUUGUAUUUUUGAAUAAUUUUGAGGCAUGCUGUGCUUCCCAGGAGAGCUCCAGAAGGCAGUCUUAAUUUCUAAGGACACAAAUGAGCUGAUUGUAAAAGAAGUGUGCAUAAUACAGAAAGUUUAAUAAUCAUCAUGUGCAUACAAGUACAGGUUGUUUUACAGUCUAUUAUGUUCAUGUGGAUGUACAAAAUUGAUAUGCUUUGCCGUUAUCAUGGUUGUUUUCUUCAUUCACUAAUCUCAUUUCUUUUUUUUCUUGCUCUAUUCAGUUGAAUGUUCUGAAAUGCCAAGUUCAGCAGCUGGGUUUGGGGAUCUUGGUUUUAGUUGCAGGUGACAGAAACAUUGCAUGGUUAUGGCAGUCUUUGUGGCAGCUUUGAUUUCAGUGGAGUGAUAACGAUACCCAGCCACUAAAAACUUCACAUGCUGAAUUCACUGCUGGGGGGUCCUAGGGGCUUUGCAGAAAAGGCUGCAUUUUUAGAGCUUCUUGGUAAUUUCUAAUCAACAUAUUUUUCCAACGGAAAAUGCUAUUUUUCUUCAUAUCAAAAUGGUUUGAAAAGUUGUCAUUGCACACAAGGUAAACUGCACUUCUGUGUUUUACAAAUAGCGCCAUACACUAAUGACAGUAAUACUGAAAAUGCUUAUAUGACCUGAAUAAUUACAGUGUCUUGGCAUUAGAAAAUUUGUCUCUAGUACAUAUCACAAGAACAGAAGCUUCUUUGUUUCCAUUCCUUAGAAAUGCACGAUUCAGGUAUUGGUGUACCAAAAAGCAGGAAGGGAAUUGACACUUGGAUCAGUGGAUUCAAGGAGCAUUUUCUGAGGAAACAAACCUUACAUUAACAAACUCUGUAGCAUCUACACCACACCCAACACUCAGUUUAGUGAAUGUUGGCUCUGGCAGAAGGAUUUUGUUGCUUUGUUUGAACAACUAACUUUAUCAGAAAGGCUCCAGCUGUUCAUUUUAUCAAGUACAGAAACUCAGCACAAAUUAAAAGACUUGUUCUGACACAGGGUGCUGAAAUUAAGCCUUGUUUUUCUCAUUUGAUUUACUUAAUAAAUAUGUUUUAGCUGAAAUAAAACAGCAACAAAGGUAGAACAGAAUGAUUUUUCCAUAUUAAAAUUCUUAGCAAUAAUACUACCUUAAUCAAAAGUCUGCCAGCAUUUCCAUUACAAAAUGCUCUUGUGUUUAUAAUAUAGCAACAUAACUUUCUUUUGGGAUAAAACCAACCAUGCAAACGUGGUGAAUUUCUAUCCCCUUUUCCCGAAGCCUCCUCCAUCCCUUGCCAAUCUUAACAAACAAAAUCCAAGCCAUUUUUUUCAAAGAUACAAAUCCUAAACACUAACAAUAUGAAGGUAUCUGCAUUUCCGGUGCUUGAAUUCUAAAAGUCAGAUGUGUCUUCAUGAAGCUAAACAUGCAUAUAUUUUUGAUUAUUGCUCAAAAAUGGGAGCAUUUGUAACCUUAAACUUAUUUGCAUGGAAACAAUAAUUGACCACAAGCCAAAGAAGCUCUACUCAGUGUACAACCGUGCUCUGUUUGCCCUCUGGCAGCAAGAAGGAUUGCACAGGAGACCUUUACGUGGGGAGCCUGAGCCAAACUGUGCAUGCUCUCUGCACCCACUGCUAGCCACACCAAAAUCAAUUUUGUAGCAAACAGUAGUGGCAAACUGGGAAUUUUGAGUUUCAGGGACAGGUUGGCCAUUGUAAUGUGCUGCUGUCAUUGUCCCAGGAACACAACACCUGUUUCAGAGUGACUUGGCAGAAUGAAGGCAUGAAUCAUGCACAGCAAAUCUCAGAGGCCCUCAGCAAGGGAAAGUCAGGCUCCAAGCUAAAAUGCUGCCUCCAGAGGGAGGCACAUGAUCGGCUUCUUAGUCAAUCAUCUAGAGACAUUUAAGCCACUGAACAACCCUGAGAUUAAGUAUGGUGCCAGAGCUAUGCUUUCUUGACAACUCUAGUUCUUUAACAGAGGUAGUGAUUAAGGUACCUUCAAGGAUUAAUUUAAAAGCAUCCCUUUUACAUGAGCUCCAGAUGUUCCUGUACAGCACAGUAUUUUGCAGGUAGUUCCAGAUGAAUCCCAGAUCUACAUUUAAGCACCCCUUUGGUUGAGUACUCAGGCCACCUCUGAGAAAAUUUUAAAAAAAGGAUUUCUCAGUGUUUCAAAUAAAGAUCAGUAUGUUCCUCUCAGUCUAAAAAAGAACAGCUGCUUAUAGCUUUAGUUGUUUAAAUUAAGUGGGUGAGAAGGUUAUCAUUAUUGAGCAUGUUACAUUGCUGCAGAAAAAGAAAGCAUAUAGGUAAGCUGUGUAACUAUAGUGUUGUAUGAGAGAGUCCUGAAGCAAUCUUGCAACUCUCUGUGGUAAUGGUUAAGUCCUUGGCUGGGAUACUUAAUCCGGUUUGACUGCUUUUCCUCCUGAAAGAGGUGGACAAAGAGCAGAGACCCCUGAGGACAACAGCGAGACCAGUCCAAGGCCUUGAAUACAGGAUUUGUAAGGAAAAAGAGUGGAAGAACUGGAAUUGUUGAUCCCCCAAAAAAUCUAUAGUGACCCUCUUUAAGAGUGGAAAUGACUGUCAUGAACUUCCGUGUUCGUGGAAGAAGUACAAGAAUUAACAGACUUUAAAUGUAGCAAGGAAGAUAGAAGGACAGAAAAAAUAUGCCAGCAGCAAGGAUAGAGCUAUGAAUCUCCCUAGCUGGAUGUUCAAGAUUAGUGUUAGUGAUGAUUUCUGGCUAUCUGCAGAGGGACCAUACAGAUGACCUGCAAAGCUCCUGUCAAGACUUUUUAUAUGAUUUCAUAACAGCUGAGGUGGGCACUGUGCAACAGAAAUGUCUUUAACUCUCAUUAUACAUCAUCUGUGAGCAUAGAAUCAAUGUCUGGGAUUUUCUCCAUGAUCCAAUUACAAGUUCUCUCAAGCCAAUCAAAAAAAACCCCAAAAAGUCAAUUUUUAAAGGGUAUCAGAGAGCUGCAAGAAUUAUAAGAAUCUGGUUUCUUUUUCUCUCACCACAAGUAAAUAUAACUUUAAGAAGUGAGUGCAGCAGGUUACACUGCCUGAUGUAUUAAACGUAGUAGUGUGCCUAGAUGUGACCUCUCCAUUACUAGGCUCUGGUGUUCUUAAUUUGCAUAAACACUUUCAAGGGGAUACAGCUCCUUCCCUCUUCUGCCCUCAUCAUUUCUCUCCACCACAGUAAUGCCCCUACAAGAAGUGUUUGCGCUCCAAUCUGUGCAUCCUAUGCAUUUUCAUGAGGAACAUUUCUCCUUUACAGUUUCCAGUGACGUGCUGCUAAUUCAGAAUGUACUUGCCACAUUUCAGGCUGGAAAAUGUGUAUUUUAGACCUAAUCAGUUCAUUGAAUUGAGACAUUUGGCUCAUGUUGCUUUAAAAAAAAAAUGUAAAUGAAUGGGAGAUGCAUAUUUAAAACUAAAUUAGGGAUAAAAUUUUGGGUAUACAGAUCAGUUAUCUGUAGAAGUAGAAUAAUGUCCCCUUUCCCAUUAUAACAGAAUGUAAUUCUGUUGAAUGUAACAGGUGCUUUUUCACCUAAAAGAACAACAUUUAUAACCUCUUGAGAAGCUGAACAUUGGAUAAAAGGCACAAAAAGCCAAAUAUCUUCUGAAAAUUCUUGGUAGCAUGCAUAUGUAUUUACUAUGAUCUUAUAUAAAUUAUACAUGAAAGAACUCUUCUUCGGAUGGAGAGUGACCCAUAGUCGAGCCAAAGUGCCACCAGCCUAAGUCAUGAGUGGGAGACACUGUGGGGCAGAGAAGGCAUAUAGCCUCCUUAAACUACUUUAAUAUUUUCCUAGGGCAUUUUCUGGGGCCCCUGUGCUGAGUGCAGGUAAUCGGGGUCACCCGUCUGCCCGCUCAUGUACCAGACAGGUUCACAGCAGGAAUAACUGGGCCGAGAGACAUUUGCUGCAUUCCCCUGCCCAGUACAGCAGCACUGAGCUGCUGACAGGGGCGCAUGAGGAGAGCAGCAGAAAUAAUUUUUUUCCCAGUUUUAUAUCUGAUGUCCAAUGGGUAACUUCCUUUAUAUCACGAGUGUAAAAAUUAUUAUUGUGAAAAAGACUGACCUGAGAUCAGACAGCUCCUCGGUAUCAAAAACUUCUUAGUUCACAACACCCUGUGUUACACAGCGGUAAUUCCCAUGAACUUCAGAAGUGUAACUAAGGGCAGGAUUUCUCUCUGCUUGGUUUAGAGAUUUUCUAAAUAUCUAGCAACAUUGAAAAUACUUGGUAAAAUAUAGUCUCACCUGAACAUUUAACAUAAAAGAUCAAAAUUUAUCAGCAUUAUUCUACCUAUAGACUGUUUACAGUAAUAAGAUGCUUUUUUUUCGUAUUUCUCUGGUUUUUAUAGUGAAAUAUCUGUGAUUCCCAUUUGCAGCAUGUGUAUGUUUGUUAUAUAUAUUUGAAAGACCUCAUAAAUUACAUGACUAUUAAUAUAUAUUUUUCGAUGUCAUAUUUAUAGGUAGAGACUAACAAUUGUUUUACACUGAGCACUUGGCAAGUAACAACUGCUGGAAUAUCAAAAUAAAAAGAACAAAAAACGCC